CGCGCAUAUUUGUCUUGUCAACCCUCCUCUAAAAUGGACAAGAAUAUUCUCAUAGGAAGGUUCGACCAGGUCAGGACAAUUAGUGUUGCAAAGGUAUUCGGCACCUUGCUCACGUUGUGGCUCGCGUAUUGCAUCGCGAUAGUUGUGUAUCGCGUCUGGUUCAGUCCAAUAGCAAAAAUUCCUGGGCCCAAGCUCGCUGCAUUGACCUUCUGGUACGAGUUCUAUUACGAUGUGUACCCACACAAAUACCAGUACGGCUUCAAGCUCAGAGAGCUCCAUAAUAAAUACGGUCCAAUCAUCCGCAUAAAUCCCAUCCAUGUACACAUUCACGACCAUGCCUACCUCGACACCAUCUACGCUUCCGGGAAUGCACACAAGCGCGACCGCUGUUCAUGGUCCCACCACAGCGGCGCAAAGACCUUGAGCGGCGCAAUGUUAGAAGCCAUGGACCACGAUUUGCAUAAGAUGCGGCGUAACGCUACAAGCAGCUUCUUCAGCAAGCGUAACGUGCAAGUUCUCGAGCCGCUUGUCGUCAAUACUACGAACAGGCUUCUGGCUAGGUUGAAGCAAGACAUGCACCGCGACAUCGGUGAAGGCGGAAAAGGCAUCGUCAAUCUAAACUAUGCCUUCGCAGCUAUGACCAUGGACAUCAUCAGUGAGUACUGUUUCGGCGAAGGCAUGAACAGCAUGGAGCGCUCGCAAUACGGCAAGCAGAUGCUAGACAUACUGCACCAGGGCAUCCAGAUGCGGCCCCUCGCGCGGCAGUUUCCGACCUUCUUCAACUGGAUGUUUGAUUUGCCACCUGAGUAUGUUGGGUACUUGUCACCUGAUAUUCUGCCGUUGAACGAGUUCAAUGCUGGGUUAUUAAGAAGAAUUACGAAAAUUAUGGAUUUUAAGGACGAUGGUGGGAAAGGGACGGGGCAUCAGUCGAUAUUCCACGUAUUCAGGGAUGAUCCUAAUGUGAAGCUACCGCCGGAGGAGAAAACACCGUUUCGGUUGAUGGCUGAGAGUAGUGUUUUCAUCGGCGCGGGAACGGAGACGACUUCGAGGACGUUGGCGGUCACGAUAUACUAUCUUCUCAAAGAGAAGGAAGUCGGAAUGAAGUUGCUCGAGGAACUGAAAAGAAUUCUUCCCGUGAGAGGAACAACAGUAUCGCUGCCUCAGCUCGAAGCUCUCCCAUACCUCUCUGCGGUAAUAACAGAAGGCCUCAGAGUCGCUCACGGUGUAUCGUCUCGCCAGCCCCGCAUCCCUACCAACGAAGAUCUAACCUACGGCCCCUACAAAAUCCCUCGUGGUACACCAGUGAUGGAGUCGGCCUAUCUGAUCCACACCGAUCCGAAGAUCUACCCCGAGCCCAUGUCAUUCCGACCGCAACGCUGGCUGGACAAUUCCGACCUGAAGAAGAACUGGUUCGCUUUUGGGCGUGGGAGCAGGAGCUGCCUUGGCAUGAAUCUUGCGACCAGCGAGCUAUACUUUGGUAUUGCAUUUGUGUGGCGGUGGAUGGAACUGGAGAUUUGGGGUACAAGCGAGGAGAGAGAUGUUCAGACGAAUUACGAUUGUUUUAUUGGAAUGACGAGUUUGGGGACAGAGAGUGGGGUUCGGGUUCGGAUCUUGGGGAAGAGGAUGGAGUGAUGUCGAGUAGAUCCUCGGUAAUGUCGAUCAUUCAUGAGGCGUCAGCGUGUUGACGGUUGGCCAG